GCUCACUCUUGCCUCUCUUUUUCUCCUUUCAUGCGUCUGCAUCAUCAAAGCAUCCAUAACAACCUGGAUUAGGAUUGAUUGUUAUUUUUCAUUUAAACGUUUUUCUAUUUCAAUUCUUGAUCAACAAUUUAAUUAAUUUUAGUCACAAUGUCAGGCGAUAGUGAAGCAAAGGCUAACCAGUAUAUCCAGGAAGCCCAGAAAAAGCUUAAUGCCUCAAAAAGUUUCCUAGGAGGAUUGUUCGGGGGCUCUUCUAGAGUUGAAGAGGCUAUCGAAUUGUACAUCAAAGGUGCUAACUUAUUUAAAAUGGCUAAAAAAUGGAUGGCUGCCGGAAAUGCUUUCACAGAAGCCGCUUCACUUCAUUUGAAAUCUGGUAGUAAACAUGAUGCAGCAAGCUGCUAUGUAGAUGCUGGAAACUGUUACAAAAAAGUGGACCCUCAAGAAGCUGUCAAUUCCAUACUAAAGGCUAUUGAAAUUUAUACAGACAUGGGACGAUUUUCAAUUGCUGCUAAACACCAUAUGACAGUGGCUGAAAUCUAUGAGAAUGAAGCUGUCGAUAUUGAAAAAGCUAUUGCUCAUUUCGAACAGGCCGCUGAUUACUAUAAAGGAGAAGAAUCGUCAGCAUCUGCGAAUCGAUGUCUUCUCAAUGUUGCCCGAUACGCAGCACAGUUGGAGCAAUAUUCAAAAGCCAUUGGUAUCUACGAAUCAGUUGCUUCUUCAUCUAUUGACAAUUCUUUGUUAAAAUACAGUGCGAAAGAGCACUUUUUCAGAGCUGCCCUUUGCCAUUUGUGUGUUGAUUUAUUGAAUGCUCAGUUGGCUAUCAAAAGAUACGAAGAAAUGUAUCCUGCUUUCAGUGAUUCCCGGGAAUGUAAAUUUGUCAAAGGACUUUUGGAUAAAUUGGAAGAAUCAGACGUUGAAGGCUUCACUCAACUUGUCCAAGAAUAUGAUUCAAUCAGUCGACUAGAUCAAUGGUUCACUACCAUUCUCUUAAAAAUCAAGAAACAAAUUCAACAAGAACCUGAUCUGAAAUAAUUACAUUGAUGCUACAACUUAAUAUGAACGUAUUGCUUAUUGUUUUUGGGCAAUCUUUCUCUCUCAGUCUCCUUUUCCUUUCAUUUUUCUUUCUCUUUAUUUCAAAAUCUCUUUGAAUAAACUCGCACUCGCAGACUACCUAUGAGUGUAUAUCUUUCUCCUGCCCAUCAUAAUCAUGUAUGAUAUAUCUCAACUAAUACUCCCAUUUGAGUCACUACGUUGAGUGUUUGAUUAAUGACGGAUAGGAGGAAAGGAGCUGAAAGAAGAGAGUAAGAUAAUCCAUAAACUGAAAGCAAUUUAAGACAUUGAAUCAUGAAAUGAUUUAUCUUGGUCAUCAGCAACAUCGUCGCCAGCAUCACCUUUAUCUACAUAUUUCAAUGAUUGAAUCAUUUGACUUAAAAUACUUUUCGGAUCAUUCCUGGUCAUUAAAUCUAUGCUGAAUAUUUAUUUCGCUGUGAGUGGUAAUUUCAGUCUUACAGGAAGAGAAAUUUUCAAUUUUUUCCCUGUUCGACUUUUUCGGAGCCUGGAUUGCAAAUGCUCAGUAUGUGUGUUGAACCUUAUGAAAGUUGGCUAUUUAGAAACAAUUUAAAUCAUCAUUCAAAUCAAAGGGCAAAAUUAUAUUAGUCUUAUUAAAAUAAUUCGUUACUUUAA